GCUUGGCAUUCACGAUUCGCGAGUCGAGGGUUUCUCUCUUGCACCGCGGCUAGCUACCUCUCGAGUCUCGACGCCGCGCGAUCCUUCCGAUUCCAGGGUUUGCUCCGCGAUUCGAGGGGUUAGCCAGAUGGGGGACGGGGAGCAUAGGGUGGGGGAAGGCGAAGAGGCUGGCGGCGGCGCAGGGGCGGCCACGGCGGCCCCGAUGAGGGAUAUACGGCGGUACAGGUGCGAGUUCUGCGGCGUGGUUCGGUCGAAGAAGAGCCUGAUCCGCGCCCAUGUCCUCCAGCACCAUAAGGAUGAAGUGGGUGAUCUGGAGGAUUACCAGGAAGGUGGAGGCGGUGCUUCGCGCAAGGAGGUCACCCAUGACUGCAAGGAGUGUGGCAUGAGCUUCAAGAAGCCAGCCCAUCUGAAGCAACAUAUGCAGAGCCAUUCACUCGAGAGGCCCUUUGCCUGCCACAUUGAUGGUUGCCCCUUAAGCUAUAGUAGGAAGGACCAUUUGAACAGACAUCUACUUACUCAUCAAGGGAAACUAUUUGUGUGCCCCAUUGAAGGAUGCGACCGUAAGUUCAAUAUCAAGGGUAAUAUGCAGAGACAUGUUCAGGAAAUGCAUAAAGAUGGUUCUCCUUGUGAAAGCAAGAAAGAAUUCAUUUGUCCAGAGGUUAACUGUGGGAAGACUUUCAAAUAUGCUUCCAAGUUAAAAAAGCACGAAGAAUCACAUGUCGAGCUGGACUACACAGAGGUUAUCUGCUGCGAACCAGGCUGCAUGAAAACUUUUACAAAUGUGGAAUGCCUCAAAGCACAUAACCAAUCCUGCCAUCAACAUGUUCAGUGUGAUGUCUGUGGCACUAAACAACUAAAGAGGAAUUUCAAGCGCCAUCGCCAAAUGCAUGAAGGCUCCUGUGUUACUGAAAGGGUUAAAUGCCACUUUGAGGACUGCAAAUGUUCAUUUUCAAAGAAAUCCAAUUUGAACAAGCAUGUUAAGGCAGUUCACGAGCAGCGCCGACCUUUUGUGUGCCAAUUCUCUGGGUGUGGCAAGAAGUUUUGUUACAAGCAUGUAAGGGACAACCAUGAGAAGUCUAGUGCUCAUGUGCACACCGAGGGUGAUUUUGUUGAGGCUGAUGAACAGCGACCGCGUUCAGCAGGUGGCCGGAAGAGAAAACCUGUAUCUGUCGAGACUUUGAUGCGUAAAAGGGUAGCUGCUCCUGAUGACGCUCCUGCUCAUGUUGAUGGAACCGAGCAUCUGAGAUGGCUUCUCUCCGGUUGAUUCGUCCGCAGGGAGAAGAGAUGGCAGAUAUAUUUGGACGCGCCAGCACACUUCUGUAAAUUGAAAAUAUCCGUCGUGUUAGGAUGUAUAGGAAGAGGAAAGCAACGUGUUAGGUAUUUAUAUAAGGUUUCAGACAUGGUAGAGAUUAUUGUAUCUUCAGUAUGAACACAAUGUGCCAUAUUCGAUCUUGAUUUGCAAAUAUGGAAGCUCGUUAUGUUUA